AUGCGCGAUUUUCAGAUCGACCCUUGCGAAUUCAACUUGCAUAUUCUAAAAUGUCGAAUGGAAUUCAUGACCUAUCAUCCGCAAUCUCUUAAACUUGUCAGAUGCUCCUACAAUACUCGACACUUCAUUCCGCAACCCGAAUUGGCUUUUCACGAAGCGUUCUGCAAGCUCGGCAAAUUCGCGAACGUCGAGAAAGAGCUCAAAAAGCCGUUCAUUCCCGUUGAAGUUUCCGCACUUCUCGAUCAAUUGGCUGUCGAUUCGGAUGAGGAUUCCGAUGACGACGACGACGACGACUCGUCGAUUACCUCAAAAAACACCGUCGGCUCGACAAUCAGCGAUGUCGUCGAAAAUUCCGACGACGUCGUCAGCGUUCUAGAAUCCUAUCAACUUCGUCAACUCAACAACGACGAAAAUAAAUAA